GCGCGGAGAAGAAGGAGCUGCUGCAGCUGGAGAAGGAUCUGGUCGCGGCCAAGUCCUACCUAGGCGAGCAGGGCGGGAAGGCGCGAGAGUGGCGCACCCGCAUGGAGGCGUUGAAGAGCGAGCUGUCCACCAGGAUGGCCAAGAAGCGCCGGGGGGCCGAUGGCGCGUCGCAGAACGCGGGGGAAGCUGCCGCGGGUCAG